GGUGGCCAGCGGCGACUGCGGCUCUCUCCUGGCGGCCGCGGCGCGACAGCGGAGCACGGGCGGCGGUGGCCGGAGUCAUGGCAGGACAGGCCUUUCGGAAGUUCCUCCCCCUCUUCGACCGCGUGCUGGUGGAGAGGAGCGCCGCGGAGACCGUCACCAAGGGGGGCAUCAUGCUGCCAGAGAAGGCCCAGGGCAAGGUGCUGCAGGCCACCGUCGUCGCCGUGGGGUCCGGCUCCAAGGGAAAGGGUGGAGAGGUUCAACCUGUUAGUGUGAAAGUUGGAGAUAAAGUUCUUCUUCCAGAAUAUGGAGGCACCAAAGUAGUUAUAGACGACAAGGACUAUUUCUUAUUUAGAGAUGGUGACAUUCUUGGAAAGUAUGUAGACUGAAAUAAAUCACUAUUGAAAUGGCA